GAUGGUACUGUUUUACAUAUUUCCUGUUCCUUGCUCUUUAAACCAUGUGCUUGGAGAAUCACGUGAUUACAAUAUUUUUUUGAUGAAAUUUUCUGACAUCUUACAUCGCAUUUACUUUGAUAAUCAGUUUAAUUAUUUGUUUCAUCUUUAAAUUAACAUCUACUAACAUUAAUUUUUUGUAUAUUGUUACUUUGUGAUUUUAUUCUUUACCAAAAUGCUAAUCAACUUAAAGUCAGCUGCUCGUUUAAAUCCUUUUGUUCUCAACAAUCUUCUGCUAAAGACUGGAAGUAGAGUAUGUUUAGCAGGUCAAAGAAAUGCCUCCGAUAGUAAAGUUUCCGGACCUAUCAUUGGUAUCGAUUUGGGUACUACUAAUUCAUGUGUUGCUGUUAUGGAAGGCAAAACACCGCGAGUUAUUGAAAAUGCAGAGGGAUCUAGGACAACUCCAUCAGUUGUUGCUUUUACCGCUGAUGGCGAAAGACUGGUUGGAAUGCCAGCUCGACGUCAAGCUGUCACAAAUGCUGCCAAUACAUUUUAUGCCACAAAACGAUUGAUUGGUCGUAGAUUUGAAGAUGCUGAAGUUCAAAAAGAUAGUAAAAUUGUUUCCUACAAAAUUGUUCGAGCCUCUAAUGGUGAUGCCUGGGUUGAAGCUCAUGGAAAAGUUUACAGUCCUAGUCAAAUUGGUGCAUUUAUUUUAAUGAAAAUGAAAGAAACUGCUGAAGGUUAUCUUAAUCAUAGUGUUAAACAUGCUGUUAUAACAGUCCCAGCUUAUUUCAAUGACUCUCAAAGACAGGCAACCAAAGACGCUGGUUUAAUCGCUGGUCUCGAUGUACGUCGAGUUAUCAAUGAACCUACUGCUGCUGCUCUUGCUUACGGCUUAGACAAAUCCGAUGAUAAGAUUAUAGCUGUCUACGAUUUAGGUGGUGGAACUUUUGAUGUAUCUAUUUUGGAAAUCCAAAAAGGUGUAUUUGAAGUUAAAUCGACUAAUGGAGACACUUUCCUUGGUGGUGAAGAUUUUGACAAUGCUCUUGUAAAUUAUCUGGUUGCUGAAUUCAAGCGCGAUCAAGGUAUAGAUCUGACUAAAGAUGUAAUGGCCAUGCAAAGAGUAAAGGAAGCUGCUGAGAAAGCAAAGAUUGAGUUAUCUUCAUCCAUGCAAACAGAUUUGAAUCUUCCCUACUUAACAAUGGAUGCCAGUGGCCCUAAACACAUGAACCUUAAAUUGACUCGAGCUAAGUUUGAGUCUCUUGUGGGUGAUUUGAUCAAAAGGACAAUAGAACCAUGUAAAAAAGCAGUAAAAGAUGCUGAAGUCAAGACAUCAGAAAUAGGAGAAGUUAUUCUUGUAGGCGGUAUGACCAGAAUGCCAAAAGUUCAAGAAAUAGUACAAGAAAUAUUCGGUCGGCAACCUAGUAAAUCUGUAAAUCCCGAUGAAGCUGUAGCAGUCGGUGCCGCCAUUCAAGGAGGUGUUCUUACCGGUGAUUUCACAGAAGUCCUUUUAUUGGACGUGACGCCAUUAUCGUUAGGUAUUGAAACUUUAGGAGGUGUGUUUACAAAGUUAAUUAACAGGAAUACAACUAUUCCUACCAAGAAGAGCCAAGUUUUCUCCACCGCUGCUGAUGGUCAGACGCAGGUUGAAAUUAAAGUUUUUCAAGGAGAACGUGAAAUGGCCGCAGCAAAUAAAUUACUGGGUCAAUUCACUUUGAUAGGCAUUCCUCCAGCUCCUAGAGGUGUACCCCAGAUCGAAGUUACCUUUGACAUUGAUGCUAAUGGUAUAGUUCACGUAUCAGCUCGAGAUAAGGGAACUGGAAAAGAGCAGCAAAUAGUUAUUCAAUCCUCUGGUGGUCUCAGUAAGGACGAGGUUGAAAACAUGAUUCGAGAGGCAGAGAAAUUUGCUGAAACUGACCGUAAAAAUAAAGAGAUUAUUGAAGCUGUUAACCAAGCAGAAGGAAUUAUUCAUGAUACAGAGACAAAGAUGGAAGAGUUCAAAGCACAACUUCCCGCUGAUGAAUGCGAAAAAUUAAAACUAAAAAUCCAAGAAACACGUGAUGUAUUAGCCAAAAAAGAUGAAGAAACAACUACCGCUGAAAAUAUAAGGGUAGCUACUAAUGACCUACAACAAGCGUCUCUAAAACUGUUUGAGAUGGCGUAUAAAAAGAUGGCUGCUGAACGCGAAUCAGGAGGACAACAGCAGGAAACACCAAAAGAGGAUCAGGAGAACAAAAAUUAGUUUUAUAAUAUUUGCCGAUUAUUAGGAAUGUUUUUCGUAAAAAAAUAAAGAAUAAUAAUAAUAAUCGAAAAUCAAAA